AGCGCAAACAAAAUUGAAUCAUUAUUAAGAUUACGCUAAACCGAACCGAACCGCGGCAACGUAACAACAAAACAGCCGCAAUUUCCUGGCAAACGGCAUAAAUUAACAACCUGAAGAAAGAAGCCAAAAAGGAAGAACAAAACACAAACACAUUAAUGUGUUGAUUACAAGCCAAGAAUAUCAGAAGACGUGAUAAAAGGCAGCAAAGAAAAAGCGAAGAGCGGAAUAAAAAACCAUAGAACAUCAAAAUGUUUGUGGGCAUAAAUCAAAUGAGGUAUAGCGGUAAGAAACGUAAAAAAUCUUUGGAAGCCGAAGGAGCUGCAGGCAAAUGUACAGCAACAGACGACGAAGAAGGCGAAGAUAAAGGUGUCAUGGAACACCAAAGGAGCUCAGAACAACACAAUCAUAUUACAAAGCCGGCAGGCAUGUCAGAAAUGCCAUUAACGGGCAAAGGGGAAACUGGUGAAUGCCAAAAACAACAAAGGCAAAUAGCAAAAACGCCAUUGCUGCUCUGUGAAAUAGACAAUGGCAAAAGCAGGCCGCCCUCAGCUGUGACGGCAGAGGGCACGACGGCAAUACCAAAGACCUCGCCAACGACGAUAAACGAACCUGCAGCUACCAAUGCAUGUAAAUGCAAAAAUUGCCAAUGCAAUUUUCAAAACGUUCAACAGCAAAAGGAAAACAAAUACCUCCCCUUCACGGCGUCCAGUAAAACGCCCUGCUCCCCCUCAGCCACCGGCCAGCUGAACAAACCCACCGUUGUAACAUCACUGGCAAACGUUUACCUUUGUCUGGGUAUAUUGACAUUAGCACUGGCUUCCCUAGCUGUGUUAUUUUAUUCGCAUGUAACCUCCUGCCCUGCAUCAUCAACAACGGCGUGUUGUCAUCCAACCCUGCCACCAUCACCAUCCAGCAAUAACUGUGUCAAUUGCCAAAAUUCCACGUCAUUGCCAAUAAACCAAGAGGGAACAUCCGAGAAACAACAUCAUCAUCAACGUCGUGAUACCUCGACAGCAGGUGGUGAAGUUGCUGAACCUUUCGCAGAGAAAUUCCCUCAAGAUUUUUUAUCGACAUCGUCAUCGCCUUCAUCAUCAUCAUCGCCGUUGUUAUUUCGUGAACGUUUUCGACGGGAAUUACUUGACUCGGAACAUAUGCUCUACUCCAUGGUGGAAAGAAUAUUACAGCAGCAGACAUCUGGAGAAUUGCAACGGAUGCAACAGCAACUACAGCAACAGCAGAACCUUCAAACAAAUACAAAGCAUAUUUCUUUGGGGAAAGUUGAAGAUCAAAGAUACUCAGCGAAUCCGCCUGUAGACCAUGGCAAAGGACCUGGAGUUGUAAAUAAUCAUAACGAGGCCGUAGUCGAUGCUACUAGGAGCACAAGUACAAGUACUACCACUAACGACAUUGAGGAUAUUGGCAACGAUGAGAUGCCGCCACAUUUGUUCCGUCCCUUGGAGAGAAAAUACAGUGGCAACACCAGGCCCAAGGAGCCACAAACAAUAGAGGAGCUGGUACACUAUCCGAAGAGAAUGCGACGAGAUAUCUCUUCAUCACCGUCGACAUCAAUGCAUGAUCCCUUCAUAGAAUUCUUUACACCCAAUCAUCGCAAAGUCCUGGAGGAACAAGACAAGGAGAUACGCAAACGUACAGGCCUGAAAGGGGCCGCUCCGGGUGGUGAUGAAUGGGUGUAUUUGAACACCUACUGUAGAGUGCCUGAGAAAAUGAUAACCGGUUUCUGUCAAAGUACCCAAGAAUAUUGUCCACCUAGUCCGCCGGGACCGGAAGGGCCUCAGGGUCCAAAGGGCCCCACAGGACCACCCGGAUUGCCUGGUAUCCCUGGGCCAAAGGGUAAUCGUGGUGAUGUUGGUUUGCCCGGUCAACCAGGUGCCGCAGGGGCAAUGGGUCCCAUGGGACCACGUGGACCAAAGGGAGAUAUUGGUAUACCUGGACGACCUGGUUUGGAUGGCCGUGACGGUGUUCCGGGAGAACCUGGUCUAGAUGGUGUCCCUGGCCGGGCUGGUGCCGAUGGUAUACCCGGCAAAGAUGGUGCAGCUGGACGUGAUGGCAAAGAUGGCAUAAAUGGCAAGGAUGGUCGUGAUGGUGCCCCCGGCCCUAAGGGCUCCCAGGGACCUCCUGGAGAAAGAGGGCUCAAAGGCAUUGCUGGACCUCGUGGCCGACCAGGCAAACCAGGCACAAAUGGCACACCGGGCACCCCCGGUGUAAGUGCCUACAAGGUACAAUUGAAGAAUGGCACAUACUUGAAUGAUUUACUGAUACCCCCAUCAAUUGCAGAUAUAAAUAUGCCGCGUUCCAUAGCCGUCGAAGAGGGAAAAACAUUAAACGUAAGCUGUGCCGCCAGCGGUAAUCCAAUGCCUCACAUCGAAUGGCGACGAGAUGACGGUCGAACGAUUAAUGUUCAUGGCGUUGAGAUGUCAUCCAUAAGUGGACCAUAUCUGAAAUUCACCAAUAUUACCCGACAUCAAAUGGCCUCGUAUACAUGCUAUGCCGACAAUGGCUUAGCACCAGUGGCCAAUGCAACAUUUUUAAUCGAAGUCCAAUUUCCGCCCAUGAUAUCGGUCUAUAGGCAAAUGAUUUAUGCCGAGUAUGGACGUUCGGCCACAAUGGAAUGCAUUGUGGAGGCAUUCCCCGAGGCCAUACUGUACUGGGAGAGAGCCUACGAUGGCAGUAUAUUGGAUCGAGGUGACAAAUAUCGCAUUGAGACUAAUCCAGAUGGCUAUCGCACAACAAUGCGUCUGACAAUUACCUCCCUGCGUAAGGACGAUUUCGGCUACUAUCACUGUGUGGCAAGGAAUGCACUCAAUACCACAAUGGUUAAUUUUGAAAUUGCACCUCAAGAUCCCAAUAGCGAGACACCCUAUGUUGGCAAGGAAAUGAAAACAUAUGGUCAACGACCGCCAGAACAAGAAUGUCCUGUUUGUCCAGAAUGUCCUGAGCAAAGUUUAUAUCAAUGUAAGGAUUCGAUUAAUUCCAAUUUCGAAAUUCAACCAGUUGGAAACGAUAGUUAUCCCGGCCUGCCCAAACGCAAGAAGAGUUGCAUUUUGUACGCUGUGGGCAAACCUGUUUUCCACAAAAGUGUUUCCGAACAGCAUGGUUCAUGGCUCAAGGAUCCGGCAGCGAAAGAAAUUGACCGCGAGAAAACAUUUGUAACCCACGAAAAGGAGAACAACAAAUUGUAUGAGUUUACAUCGAAGAAGGCCUAUCGCAUAACAUCGGUGGCCCAUCGGUCGCAUGAUAUACCUCAUGGAUUCCAUGGUAAUGCCAAUGUGGUAUUCAAUGGGUCAUUCUACUAUCACAUGUUGAAUUCCAGCAAGGUUGCCAAAUAUAAUUUGUAUACCAAAGGCGAUUUUAGAACCGUAACAUUACCUGGUGCUGGCUAUGAACCUGGCCAUAAAUUGUACUCAACGGCUUACAAUUACAUGGACUUUAAUGUGGAUGAGGUUGGCUUGUGGGUAAUUUACAGCGGCAAAGAUUCCAGUAAUACUCUUGUGGCAAAGUUGGAUGCCGAUACUCUCGAAAUUAAAUACAACUUUAACAUCACUUUGGAUCAUCGCAAGUUCGGCGAGAUGUUCAUUGUUUGCGGUCAUUUGUAUGCCAUUGACUCGUGCACGGCCAAGAACUCUCAGAUACGCUAUGCCAUCAACCUGUACCAGAAUAAGCUGUUGAAUGUGAAUUUGCCGUUUACAAAUCCUUUUGGCAGUACGGAGACGGUUGGCUACAAUCCUUACACGGUGGAACUUUACUCAUGGGACAAAGGAAAUUCUCUGACAUAUCCCAUACGUUACAAUGAAGAGAUAAUACGGAAUGAUCCUGCAUAAAUUACGGAUGCACACAGACACACACACAUGAAGACAAUGGCACACUUAAACAAUCACAAAGACAUGACUAAAAGAAUGAACGAACGAAUGAAUGGAUAAAUGCAGAGAUAUAUAUUUCAAUGGAAAACUUUUACCACAGCAACGUCGAGGCAGAGAGUGUAUAUAUAUUCACACACACACAAAGAAGCACAUCACACACAUAUGGUAGACACAGGAACUCAUACACACACAUACACUUUUUGCAACAUAUACUUAUAAAGAUAGACAUUAGAACUUAUACUAGUCACCAAUACAACUCAUGUUGAAUGACAUGACACUUUCUGAUGAGAAAUCCUUGGUUUUUUUACGAGUAGCACACAAACACAAACAAAAGGAAGCCAAAAAGGAACUGUAAAAAGUAUUGAAUGUAAGAACAACAAUAAUCAAACUUGAUAGAAAACUAAGAAGAAAAACAAAAAAUAAACGAAAAAAAAUUAAAAAGAUAAAUAAA